GCCAGGAGCUGCGGUGCAGGCCGCGGGACGCCCCUGCCUGCCCGGCACGGCCCGGGUGCAUGUGUGUCCGUGCGUGCACGAGCGAGCCGCCAAGCAGAAAGAAUCGGCUGUGACAUUCCCGUAGCCUGGCGACGGCCGGGCCUUUCAGCGCCAGGCCCCAAUUUGAAUAAGAAUCACGCUCCAUCCCCCCCGCUUCCAGAGGGCGGGCGGCUGGGCCGAGGCCGGGGCCAGGCUGGGCUGAGCAGGGUCGGACUCGCUGGGCUGGGCUGGGCUGGGCUGAGCCGCUGUGCUGCGUUUGCCCAUUGCCGCCCUGCCGGGCAGUGAGUUUCUGCACCGCCGGGGUUCUGGUGCGCUCAGCACCGUCCCGCCCCGUCCUGUCCUGCUUGGCUGCGGGCAGCGUGCUGGACCCGCUGCUGCGCAUGGAGCUGCUGCUCACCCUCCUGCUCCUGGCCCAAGCGCCAGCCGCCAGCAGCGAGGAGGAACCCGAUCUGCCGGCAGAGGCCCAGGGCUGCGCCGAGGGCAGCUGCUACCCAGCCACAGGGAACCUGCUGGUGGGCCGGGCCGGGAGCCUGAGCGCCACGUCCACGUGUGGGCUGGCCGGCCCCCAGGAGUACUGCAUCGUCAGCCACCUGCAGGACUCGGAGAAAUGUUUCAUCUGUGACUCGCGGGCGCCGUGGGGGCAUGAGAGCCACCGCAUCCAGAACAUCAUCUACCUGCAGGGCCCCGGCGGCCAGCGCUCCUGGUGGCAGUCGGAGAACGGGGUGGAGCAGGUCAGCAUCCGCCUGGACCUGGAGGCCGAGUUCCACUUCACCCACCUCAUCAUGAAGUUCAAGACCUUCCGCCCGGCCGCCAUGCUGGUGGAGCGCUCGGCCGACUUCGGCCGCACCUGGCGGGUUUACCGCUACUUUGCCUACGACUGCGCCCGGCUCUUCCCCGGCGUCCCCGUCCAGCCCUCGGGCCGCAUCGACGAGGUGCUCUGCGACCAGCGCUACUCUGAGAUCGAGCCCUCCAGCCAAGGCGAGGUGAUCUUCAAGGUGCUGGACCCAUCCAUCCCGGUGGAAGACCCCUACAGCCAGGACAGCCAGGACUUGCUGCGCGUGACCAACCUGCGGGUGAAUCUGAGCAAGCUGCACACGCUGGGUGACGAGCUGCUGGAUGCGCGCCGCACCGUGCUGGACAAGUACUACUACGCCGUGGACGAGCUGGUGCUGCGUGGCAGCUGCCUCUGCUACGGCCACGCUGCCCAGUGUGCCCCUGCUGCUGGGGGCCCCGCCACCACCGAUGGCAUGAUCCACGGUGGCUGCCAGUGCAGACACCACACCGCAGGCCCCAACUGCGAGCGCUGCCAGGACUUCUACCAGGACCUGCCCUGGCAGCCGGCCCAGCCCUCCGACCCACACGCCUGCCGCGCCUGCGAGUGCAACGGGCACGCGAGCCGGUGCCACUUCGACAUGGCCGUGUUCCUGGCCACGGGCAACACCAGCGGUGGCGUGUGCGACGACUGCCAGCACAACACCAUGGGGCGGCGCUGCGAGCUCUGCAAGCCCUUCUACUACAAGGACCCCGCGCGCGACCUGCGGGACCCCAGCGCCUGCCUGCCCUGCGACUGCGACCCGGUGGGCUCGCUGGACGGGGGCGUGUGCGACGGCCACACGGACGUGGCGCUGGGCCUGAUCGCGGGGCAGUGCCGCUGCAAGGAGCACGUCCGGGGUGCCCGCUGCGACCACUGCAAGGAGGCCUUCUACGGUCUGAGCCUCAACGACCCCCAGGGCUGCCAGCCCUGCAGGUGCGACCCGCGGGGCAUCAUUGCGGGCAGCGCGCCGUGCGACCACAUCAGCGGGGACUGCUACUGCAAGCGCUUUGUCACGGGGCGGUACUGCAGCCAGUGCCUGCCUGAGUUCUGGGGCCUGAGCUACGACGUUGCCGGCUGCCGGCCUUGUGCCUGCGACUUCGGGGGUGCCUACAGCAACAGGUGCUCUGCAGAGGAUGGGAUGUGCCCCUGCCGCCCCAGGCUGAUGGGGCGCCUGUGCGACACAGUGCAACCCGGCGCCUUCUGCGCCCCCCUGGACCACUACACCUACGAGGCCGAGCAGGCCACGGGCCACGCGCCCGCCCACCCCCAGCUCCCGGGCGAGGUGCGGGCUGAGGCCCCCGGCGACUGCCUGGAGCAGUACAACGGGCUCCCGCACGGGCGGAAGGGGCGGCUCCGGCGCCAGCGCAGCGCCUGGCGACCCCGGCUGCAGCGGGCGGCCCCGCGGCGUGGCCGGCAGCUCCCCCACAAGCAGCCGGACGUGGAAGCCGUGGCGCGGGAGCCCGGGGGCCGCAUGCUGACGUGGACGGGCCCCGGGUUUGCCCGUGUGCGGGAUGGCGCCGGCCUGUCUUUCCUUGUGGGCGACGUGCCCCUGCCACUGGAGUACGACCUGCUGCUGCGCUACGAGCCCCAGUCCACCGAGGACUGGGAGGCGGUGGUCAGUGUCCGCUCCCAGGCGCUGCCCUCCAGCCCCCGCUGCGGCAACGCGCUGCCCUCGGAGCAGCUGUACCGCCAGGGCCUGCCCCACACCCAGAGGUACGUGCUGCUGUCCCGGCCCUUCUGCUUCGAGCCGGGCAACCGGUACGUGGUGGCCGUGCGGCUGCAGCGGGCGGGCGCGGCCCACCGGCACCCCGCUGCCUUCAUCCUCGUGGACUCGCUGGUCCUGCUGCCGCGGGUGAUGGAGCUGCCCGGUUUCCACGGCAGCGAGCCGGCGGCGGUGCAGCGCCGGGAGGAGAUGGAGCGCUACACCUGCCUGGAGGCCUUCCGCAUGGCCACCAUGCCCGCCCUGCCCGAGGCCUGCGCCCGCCUGCUCUGCAGCAUCUCCGCCCUGCUGCACGACGGUGCCCUGCGCUGCCAGUGUGACCCCCAGGGCUCCACCAGCAGCGUCUGCCAGCCGCUGGGCGGCCAGUGCCCCUGCAAGCCCCACGUAGCCGGCCGGCGCUGCGACCGGUGCGUCCCGGGCACCCACGGCUUCGGACCCGCCGGCUGCAGCCCCUGCGCCUGCUCCCCUGAGGGCGCGCUCUCCCGCCUGUGCGACCCCGCCACUGGGCAGUGCCGAUGCCAGCCCGGGGCCGUGGGGCGCCGCUGCGACCAGUGCCAGCCAGGCCAGUGGGGCUUCCCCGCCUGCCGGCCCUGCCACUGCAACGGGCACGCUGAGCACUGCGACCCCCACACAGGCGCCUGCCACCAGUGCCGAGACUUCACCGCCGGGCGCCACUGCGAGAGGUGCCUGGAUGGUUACUACGGCGACCCGGUGCUGGGCUCGGGGCAGCAGUGCCGGCCCUGCCCGUGCCCCGGGUAUCCGGGAACGCGGAGCUAUCACGGCACCGCCUGCCACGCUGACAAGGAGACCCGCCACAUCGUGUGCCUGUGCACGCCGGGCUACGCGGGGCUGCGCUGCGACCGCUGUGCGCCAGGGUACUUUGGGGCGCUGGAGCAGGAGGGGGGCGCCUGCCGGCCCUGCCAGUGCAACAACAACAUUGACCCCAGUGACCCCGAGGCCUGCGACCCACGCACCGGGCACUGCCGGCGCUGCCUGCACCACACCGACGGGCCCCGCUGCGCCCAGUGCCAGCCCGGCUACUACGGCAAUGCCCUGCAGCGUGGCUGCCGACGCUGCACCUGUAACCAGCAGGGAACGCUGCCCUCCCACUGCGCCUCCGGCACCUGCCACUGCGACCGGGCCACGGGCCACUGCGCCUGCCGUGCCCACGUGGUGGGCAGGAACUGCGACCGCUGCGCCCCGGACUCCUGGAACUUCGGCGGGGAGCACGGCUGCCAGCCCUGCGCCUGCCACCCCGACCAUGCCCUGCCACGCGGCUGCAACCUGUUCACGGGGCAGUGCGUCUGCCGGCCGGGCUUCGGGGGCCGUGUCUGUGCCCAUUGCCAGGAGGACCACUGGGGCGACCCAGAGCGCGAGUGCCGGGCCUGCGACUGCGACGCAGCCGGCGCAGAGAGCCUGCAAUGCGACCGUGCCAGCGGGGGCUGCACCUGCCGCCCGGGCUUCACAGGGCCACGCUGUGACCAAUGCCACCGUGGUGCCCAGAAUGACUUCCCACGCUGCUCCCCCUGCCACCCCUGCUUCGGGCCCUGGGACCAGGUGCUGGGGCAGCUGCAGGAGCAGCUGAGGUCGCUGCAGGAGCAGGCGCGGGCACUGCAGGAGGGCGGCCCCAUGCCAGAGCUCAGCAACAGCCGCCUGCGGGAGCUGGAGGAGAAGCUGCAGCGCGUGGAGCAGCUGGCCAGGGUGGGGGACAGUCCGGGCACCGCCGCCCUGCACCAGCUGGACACCCUGCUGGACAGCACCAGGAGAGAUCUGGAUGAGUUCUGGCAGCAGCUGCAGGAGGUGGAGGGGCGGCUGGACGGGGCGGCGGGCAGCGCCACUGGGCAGAGGGGCCGCCUCGACCGCCUGAGCCAAGAGCUGCAGGAGCUGAACAGCACGGCCACCCGCCUGCGAGGGCAGCUGGGCACUGUGGUGGGCACCGGCUUUGGGGAGUCCUACCGCAGCCUCGUGGCUGCUGCCCAGCACUCCCGGCAGCAGCAGCAGCGGGCGCAGGAUGCAGUGCAGGGCCCGGGCAGCCUGGUGGGGCACGCCCAGGCAACGCGGCGGGUGGCAGAGCGGGUGCUGCGGGAGCGGGGAGAUGCCUUCCGCAGGAGCGCGGCCGCGCAGGGGCGGGCACUGCGGGAAGCCCAGCGCCGGGCCGCAGCCCUGAGCAUCGCCCGGAUCAGCCAGCAGAUCUGUGGAGCCCCAGGGCACCAGGGCUGUGAUGGUGCCCCCUGCGGAGGGGCAUUGUGCCGGGACCACAUGGGCCAUCGCCACUGUGGGGGCCCAGGCUGUGUUGGGGCCCUGCCCGUGUCUGUGAGGGCACUGGGCCAGGCUGGGAACACCUCGCUGGAGCUGGAGAGUGUGGCCCAGCAGCUGGGCACCGUCGCCCUGCAGCUGCAAGAGGCACACGAGCUGGCCCGCAGUGCCAGGACCCAUGCCCAGGAGACCCUGGGCCGGUCGCAGGCGGCCAGGACACACAUGGAGGAGUCCACGGCUGGGCUGCGGGAUUUCAUCCGGCGGAUCAAAGCUUUCCUGGCAGAGGAGGGGGCCGACCCCGAGAGCAUCGAGCUGGUGGCCCGGCAGGUGUUGAACAUCUCGCUGCCCAGCAGCCCUGGCCGCAUCCACCACCUGCUGCAGGAGAUCCGUGACAGCCUGAGCGGCCUGGACAGCGUGGACGCCAUCCUCAAUGGCACGGCCCGUGGGCUCGCCGCCGCCCGCGACCUACUCGCCCAGGCCCGGCAGGCCCAGGAGCGAGCGGAGGGCUCGCGAGGAGCUGUAGCGGAGAUGCAGGGGGCUCUGGCGGCAGCAAGGGCCAAGGUGGCGGCAGCUGGGGCUGCGCUACAGGGUGCCAGGGAGGUGGUGCGGGGCGUGGAGAACCGGGUGAAGGAGGUGGAGCGGAGGCUGCAGGCGCUGGAGGGGACGGAGUCGCAGCUGCUGAGCCGCCUGCGGGAGCUGGCCCAGGCCGCCGGCGCCCUGCAGGAGAAGACUGAGGCCACGCGCCAGCUGGCCACGCAGGCCCGGCAGGGCGCCGAGCGUGCCACGGCUGCCACGGGAGCGCUGGACCAGGCGCUGGAGCGGGCGACGCAGCGCUACGGCGAGCUGCGCAGCCAGGUGGGCGACCGCGCCGGGGCCUCGGGCGACGCGCUGCUGCGGGCCACGCGCCUGGCGCAGGACGCACGGCGGCUCCUGGACAAGGCCAGCGGCAGCCAGCGGCGGCUGGAAGAGCUGGAGCGGCGCUUCGAGGCCAACGAGGCGGCGCUGGAGGCCAAGGCCGGGCGGCUGCGGGCGCUGGAGCGGCGCGUCGCGGGGCUGCUGGAGGACAUCCGCCACCGGGCCGGCGCCUACGCCACCUGCUAGCGGGGCGGGGCGGGGCGGGGCGGGGGGCCGGGGGCCCGCGCCGCCUGCACCAAUAAAGUCCCGCAUCCCGCCGCU